GUACAUUCAAUCAAUCGUUUCGUUUUUGUAAAGCGUAUUGCUUAAAAUAAACUUCUCUGUUGUAUUUUGAUUAAAAUCCUUUGAAAAUGUCCCAAAGUGUACGUAUCGAGCGCACUAUUGUUUAAUGUCAUAAACGUAUUUUCUCGUUAGUACGUAAUUCUUUUGGACUGCUUUAAGGUUAAGGUUGGAGAGGCACCAUGGACGACUCCAACAAAUACCAGCAGAUGCAAGAUGAAAUGUCUAGGUUCGAAGCGGAGAUCUCCGGCGAGCAUGGUCCCCUCCGGGGCGUGAUCAGCGCGGGCACGUACGGCGCGGUGCAACAGCGACUGGAACGGGCCAUCCCCCCACCGCCGCCACCGCCCGCAAUGCUGUCGUUCGAUCCCAACAUGUCCAACAUGCCCAAUAUGCCGGGCAACAUGCCCAACAUGCCGGGCAACAUGAACAUGAUGCCGCGCAUGAUGUUCCCUGCUGUGCCGCCGCCACCACCGCCGCCCUCUAUGCCUAACAUGAUGAUACCAGCCUCUGUACAACGUUUAAGGCCGGGUGGCAUGCCCGAGUUCCCGAUGCACUUCCUCCGGCCGGGCAUGCCGGGGCCGCAGCUGGCGCCGCCGCCGCCGCCCCGGCCGCAGCCGGUCGUGCUCUCGGCGGCGCCCAAGCUCUACAAACAGCCCAAGGACGAAGACAAGGAUAAGGAGAAACAUGAGACCAAGAAGAGGAAACGUUCGCCGCCGGCGGCGCGGCCGCUGACGCCGCCCCGCGUGCCCACACCGCCGCCCGCGCCGCUCGUGCCCGUCGCGGUCGCCGUGACCGUGCCUGUGCCCGACACCGCUGUGCCCAAGCCCAAGAAAGAGAAGAAACAUCGGAAGGUGGUCCGCACGGCGGGCGGACAAGUCUGGGAGGACGUGACGUUGCUGGACUGGCCCGACGAUGACUUCCGCAUGUUCUGCGGCGACCUCGGCAACGACGUCACCGACGAGCUGCUGACACGAACGUUUAGCAAAUACACCUCGUUCCAAAGGGCGAAGGUGAUCCGAGACAAGCGCACCAACAAGAGCAAAGGCUUCGGGUUCGUCAGCUUCAAGGACCCCGGGGACUUCAUCAAGGCCAUGAAGGAAAUGGAUGGUCGCUACGUGGGCAGCCGGCCCAUCAAGCUGCGCAAGAGCACGUGGAAGAGCCGCGCGCUCGACGUGGUGCGCAAGAAGGAGAAAGAGAAGGCCGCGCUGCUCUCUCUACUCAUGGCCGGCAACAAGAGCUGACAGUGAAACGGAGCGCCCAAUUUCUAUAGGUUUUCAUUUAUUAAUAUUACGAGUAUUAGUAAACAAUUAUAUCCCUCGAUGAUUUCGUGUAGAUAAAAUGUAUUACUGGCACUCGCAAUUUACAAUUAAUUAUCUUUUGUUGAUUGCAAAUAUUUGCUAAGAUUAGCCCCACACCCACAGUCUUUCAUAUAAAAAAUAUCUUUAACCCGAUAUAUGUAUAGUGAUACCUUUUGAAAAGUAUCUUAGUUUAUAAGUUUUGUUUUGGAUGUUGUGCAACUGAUUUCUUUAAUUUAUACUCGUAAUCUACUAUUCUCAUAUACUUACAAUAUUAAACAGCUUUAGAAAUAUUGCAUAAUAGAUACGGUAUAUUAAGAUUUCAAAAUUGUAUGUAUAAAGUGAACCCUAUGAAUUUGACCAUCUUUCCUAGAUCGAAUAAAUACGUAUUUUUAAGGAAAGGGAUUUUCAUUUCUCUUGAAUUAAACUACAACAUCAAAUUUUAA